AAUGGGUCAUGGAGGAAGAUAUAACAGUGUGGGGAGAAAACAAUGAAGCAACGAACUGCUGAAGGGAGCAGUGCUGAUGCUGUAGCUGAAAGUGGCUGAAGGAGGCUAGUGGCAGUGUGAACAGAAAGCUUCUGAAAAGACAGCACUGAGAGGUAUUGCCAGGUUUCUGAAGUGGUUGACCAAGACCUAAGGACGUGGAACACUGGUGUGUGAUGUCAAACAGUGGGCAGUCCCUGCAGCCUGCCCUGCCAGCCCGGAGCGUCAUGUGCCAGUAUGAACAGUAAGAGAGAAAAGUGUACUUCAGCGUCUGAGAAAGAAAAAAAGAGGAACUAAACGGCGAGAACAAAUGACCACACUGCUAGCAAAACUUUGAGCAGUUCACUUUUUCUCCUGAGAAAUUUCAUCUUGGCUGGUGUGAGAGAACUGAAAGAGCAAGCAGAGCCGCAACGGUGAUUUCCUUAGGGUACCUUUUCUCUGCUUUAAUUUAAUUUUUUCCCCUUCGUGCCUGGAUUUAAGACUGCCAACUGCACUGAUCACAAGCACUGGACACCAAUAUGUGUCAUGUCAUUGUAACGUGUCGGUCGAUGCUAUGGACUCUUCUGAGUAUUGUCGUGGCUUUUGCAGAGCUCAUUGCUUUCAUGAGUGCGGACUGGCUGAUCGGCAAAGCCAAGCCACUGAGCUCUGAGGACAUGGACAACAGAACAGGAGGAUCACAGGAGCCCUACCAUCCAACACUGGGCAUCUAUGGGCGCUGCACGCGAAUCUCCCACAUGCAGCUUUCUAGACGAGACACGCUUUGUGGUCCUUAUGCCGAAAACUUCAAUGAAAUUGCCAGUGGGUUCUGGCAGGCGACCGCUAUUUUCCUAGCUAUGGGAAUCCUGAUCCUCUGCGCAGUGGCAUUUGUGUCUGUUUUUACUAUGUGUGUGCAGAGUAUUAUGAAGAAAAGUAUUUUUAAUGUCUGUGGACUGCUACAAGGGAUUGCAGGCCUCUUCCUUAUCUUAGGCUUGAUACUUUACCCUGCAGGUUGGGGAUGCCAGAAAGCAAUAAGCUAUUGUGGACAUUACGCUUCUGCUUACAAACUAGGAGACUGCUCCUUGGGCUGGGCUUUCUACACUGCUAUUGGUGGCACUGUUCUGACGUUCGUCUGUGCGGUCUUCUCGGCACAAGCUGAAAUUGCUACAUCCAGUGACAAAGUGCAAGAAGAAAUAGAAGAAGGAAAAAACCUUAUCUGCCUCCUUUAACUCCAGUGGAGAAAACACCAGUGCCUGGUUAUUAAUUUUCAGUAUAAUUGACUGGAUAAGGAGAUCUACUUUCCAGUUUCCACCGUUUGUGUGAUUGAGCCCCAUGCAGUCCAGCCCUGAACUACUGAAAUGAUCUUUCUUCUUUGCUGGGCAAUGAGGAUCAAAUAAAGGAUUCUAAGAAAGCAGAAUGUAAAUACUUGCGAAUUUUUUAGUUUCAUUAUGUUAUCAGGACAUUGUGGAAUAUACUAAUCAGAUUGGGGAUGUGAGGAAUCAUGUAUACAUUGGGGAUAUUGUUAAGACUGACAAAUUCUGAUAGAUUGGAUUGCCUUGCCCGCCUUGGUCACUUUGAAGAAUCUGGAUUUAAAAUAAUGAAAGCCAGCACAUUUUUUCAUAUACAGAGGAGAAGCCUAUUUUAAUUGGGCUUUGUUUCCAAGGGCUCCCCUCAUCUGUGACUAUUUCACCACCACCUGGUUUGGUACCAUAUUUUUCAUUGAGGUGCUUUUUGAUAUUGAACUUCCUGAAAGUACAGUGCCUUCUCGGAAGUGUUGAGAUGACGGAGAGAGCAAAGCUGACAUGACAGUUUACACUAAUCUUUAAGCAGUUAAAGUUGAAUCCCUUUCUUCAGCUUGAAACUAACAACACAAUAUGCAUGCCCCUUGUUGUUUAGCAGGUAAAUUAUUUUGGUUUAGACUAUGCACAGAAGCUGUUGUUACACUGGCUUUCACUUGACUCUGAUAAAAGUGUUAGAAAUACCAUUUUACCGUAUGUUCAGUAAAGUAUUUUUACAGCUACUCUGCUUUUAUUUGAAAUCCCUGAAAUCCCAAGCAGAUGAUAAUUCCCCACAGCACAGCUUAGCAUUAUCUUGUGAAUGCCAACAGCUGGGAUGGGGCUUAAGACUCUUCUACAAACGUAGAUCAAAUGUUGGACUUCAAUGGUAUUAUUCUUGCUCUUGCCAGUGAAACUUCAUUCCUAGUCUACAGAUCAGUAUGUCUCAUGUCCCAGAGCCAACUGAGUCUUUAAGAAAUCUAAAUUUUUCAGGAAGUCAUGCCAAAUUCUAAAUGGCUGGGAAGAUCUUUUCCCAUUUUUUAAACCACAUGUAGUAUGGAGCCUUUUCCAACUAAAUCAGCAGAAAUAAAACAGACCUUGCCACAAAUGACAUUCCUUUCUCAAAGGCAGUUGGUUGCAUUACUUGUGGUGUCCCAUCACUUACUAGAACUACUUAUAAAAACAAAUCUUAAAGGUAUUUUAAAAAAAAGGAAUGAUGCAACUGUGGCAUAUGAGCAUUGGGAAGAAUUCAUGUGAGAAGUAAUUCUCAUGAAAUUUAAGUGAAUUUUAGAUUCUUCAUCUUACUUAGUGGAUCUUACUUUGUUUCACAUCAUCCAGUAAUAGCGAUGCUCUCUAUCACUUCACUGUAGAAUGUGAGCAGAGAUUCAGGUUUAUCGCCGGGUCAGUCUAUCAAAGUGUGCCAUUAGCUAUUUAUAGAUAUUAAAAAUUGUUACUCUGCAGGUAGAAGACUAAUUUCCAUACACUGCUCCUCCCCGGUGACGCGAAAUACAAGUCUCUUUCAGCAGCCACUACAGCAAGCACAGGGCUAGCCAUGAGCUAACAAGCGAGCACGAGCAGUCCCGGUGUUGGAGCACCCCUUCAGUGCCUGCUGUGCCCCCCAGAUGCUGCCUAGGCCUGGCUGACCUGUGCAGCAAAGCAGGCUCAGCUCCUCAGUGCCCAGCCAGGGCACAUCAGUGCCCACUGUGUGUUCAAGCCACAUGCCAGAUGGAUGCAGAGGUGACUGCUGAGCCACUGGUCAAAAACCAGGAUUAACUUCUGGCAAUAUUAAAAAGGGAUUGUUUUAAUCUAGCCUCCUCUUGCAUGCACCUGUUGCUGCAGCCCACUUCCACCAUAGUCUAGAUUUUAAAACGGGUAAUUUUAUUCUUAAUAUUUAAUUUUAAAAACAUAACACCACCAACAAAACAACAAAGUUAUUGUCUGUAACUAUUCAUGCCAACUAGCUGCACAAAGCAAGAUUUAGUUUAACAGAUCAAAACUACUAGUGAAAACUGGUGUCCGAGGACAAAAAAAAAAAAAAAAAAAAAAAAAAAACCCACAGCCAUAUUGUCCUGUCCACACUUGUGCUUUUCAUGUUUUUUUCCUAGACACACAAACGUACCCUGUGAAGGACAUGCAUGUUACUUGUACUUGAAGCCUAGCACAGCUGCUGGCUGGUACAACACAGCAUUCUGGUGUUCCUCUUGAGCCCUCUACUGGAGUGCACACUACUGCGGCUGGGGCAUUAGCUCAGUUGUGCUUUUGUGGACAGUGUAAUGGGAAAAGAGGGGCUAGUAAGAAUAAGAGUAGCCUGUAAGUUGGUGAAAAAUGAAUUACAAAUUAGAUUUAUGGUUUUAGCCUGUCUUAGGUGGGUAGCAAUCCAAUGUCAAUGUUGCCACUGCCAAGUCUUGAAACUGUAUUAUUGAGGAAAAUGCUGCUUUGGCUUCAACACUUGAUUAUCCAGAAUAAGGUCAGUUUUUCCAAAAGGUAUGAAGGGCAUAUACUGCUUUGCUUUAGAUGUAAAUCAUGAACAACCUUACUAUACAUUACUAGCCAAGCUCUGCUAUGAUCUACAGCAGGCUUAAAAUUUUUAAUAUUGGGGUUUUAAAACACAAAGGAAUUAUUUUCAGUGGCAUGUUUUGCUUUUGUUUGCAUUUGUAACCAAGAAAAAACAGCUUUUCUGCUUGUUUCUGGUAUGCUAUCACCCUGGUGUGCAGCAGCAUGAUCAACUAACUUGCACGGAUAUCUAUGUUUAUUACAUAGCACAGAUAGAAGACAGGCUGGGAAGAAAUACAGGAAAAAAAAUAGAAUUUCUUUUCUCAGGGUUCUGUUUUUCUAGCAAGUGAUAAGGUGGGAUAUAUUGCAGCUUUUCUCUGGAUGAGUUUAUCAGAUGUAGGGUGCACUCACUAAAUUUGACAGCUGUUUAAAGUUGUUCCCGAAUGUCACCUCAGCAGCAGCUUUCAAAGAUGUUUCCCCCAACCAGCCCCAUCACCACCCAAAAAAAAAAAAAAGGAUAAUUCAGCUUAAAGCUAAAUAAAUUUCAUGAGGGGGACUGCGGAGUGUAACUGCUUGUUAAAGUAUAUGCACUGCAUAGGAUCUAGAAGACUUUGCUGUGGAUUCUUUAAAACCUGUGUGCCAAUUUCUUCAGUUUAAUUUUUUUUGUGGUAUUGAAGAAUUCUUCAAACAUCUGUGGUUUGAUCAACUUUUUAAACUUAUAUUCUGUAAAGUGCCAUACUUUUUUUUUAAUUGUAGCAUAUUUAAAUAUAUAUAUAUAUAUACACAAAUUUGUGUGAGAUGUGCAAUAACAGGAAUGUCUUUUUUCAUAGUUUUUGCUUUUAAACAAGAUAUUUGGAAAGGGACUUUCCCAGGGAAGAAGUGGCUGAAGUUUUGAUGGUGUGGAUAAACUAAGCAUAGAUUAAUGCAAUAGAAUUACAGAGUUUGAGGAUGAAUACAACAGUAACAGUAGCUUAAAGAUUUAAGAAAAAAAAUCUCUUCUAGAGGGAUCUAAAAUAGAUCUAUGUAAUACAGACAACUGAAAUGUGAAACUGCAGCCAUCUCUGGCAAAAUACAAUCUAAAAGCUGAAAACGCUCAGCAAGGUUUCUUCAUGUGCUUUAUUUAUGCACUGCAAAAAACAUUGCUACUGAGCUAUUUCCUGUUUGUCUAUAUCACCUUUGUAUCUAUUUUACUCAAUAAAGUUCUCUGGAGUCUAAGUUUUUUUUCAUCCUGAUCAUUUCAAUUUUGCAUUGUUAUCCCCCAUCAGAGUGUCUCACUUGCCACUCAUGGUCAUAAAUGAAGAGGAGUUAGUCUUCCUUGAAAGCUGUGGGCACUGGUGCCUGCAAUAAGGGAAGGACAGAUCCCAACAAAAGCAGAUCAUGGCAGCAACAUACACACCACAGCCACUCUCUACAGGAAGAGAUGCUGUGCCAAUCCAGCUAGAUGAGAUUUUGAGCCAUGGUUUAUUUGUGGUACUGUUUUUUCUGGUUUUGAGUCAUCACUAUGUACAUUUGUUAGCACGAAUGAUGUACCUAAUGUGUUACUUUUUAAUCUGAAAUUCAAUUAAAAUGUGAGUUUUUCAAACUGUAA